AAGCUGAACCGACACUAGUGCCGCUGGUGUUGCCUACUGUUCCCGGUGGUCUCUCUACUGUUGGAUCAAAUAAUGAUUUCAGGCUUGUGUUGGACAUCUACAAAAUGAGUGCCGAGAUAAAAUCAAAGUACCCAUUCGUAACCAAUGUCCAGCUUGUUUAUCGAUUCAAAAGGGCUAUGCAGGAGUAUCACCAGAUGUUCCAAAGGCAACUGCUCGGUACCUUAGAAGAAAAAAAUACGUUCAUCAAUGCCCAGCUGCCCGUACCAGAAGAAGUUCUUGGAAAGCUCAAGGAAGCUUCACUUGCUAUUGAGCAGCUGAAUAUUGCCAUUCAGGCAUGUGAUGAAAUCACAAAGCAACUACAAAGGAAUAAAAAGCUGAAUAGACUGGUGCAAGUUCUUCCCCUGUUGAGGCAGCGACUGAGACACAUACUGCCUCGACAGCAACGUGCAAAGGAUCGCUGUCCCGAGCAAGCCGAAACUGUAGAAGUUCAGCAGCAGUCGAAGCCUACAGAAGAAGUACCUCAGGAAAGGAUCCUCAAGCAUCCUCAGCAGGAUCAGCAACAGUAACGACAAUUAGCUUAUUGACAGCAUGUGUCGACAGAGGGCCUCUGCUGCUACAGCAGCACUGAUACCAACAAGCACUCGGUCUCAAAAAAGUCUGUCAAACAGUUUCUUUCCGAUGUGUGAAAAUGAUGAAGUCUUCAAAGCAUUUGUUGGUCAUGCCGUGGCAUUGCAUUGGAACCAUUGCCUUGGAAAGAGACAGCCCUAUUGUUUUUUAGUUAACCCUGCAGUCCUACAGAACUAGUCCAUGGCGCACAGUGGGCCACUGUUCAUUCCAUGAUAACUCAGUGCUAUGCCUGGAGAGCACUGUUUGUUGCAAGAUUGCGGCAAGCGCCUUUGAAUUGUGAGCAGGCACAUUUAAGCGCAGUGUACAACAUACCGGUGUAUCUGUCAAAGCACCACUUCAAGUUGCAUCGUACCAAAGGCUACAGAUGUAAAACCCAUUCACCGUUCACUCUGCUUUGGGUGGAUUGAGUACACCUGAACCCAUGGUAACGACCAACAUUGUUGGUAGUUGCCAGAAUUUGGUAACCAAGAUGACAGCCUCGCUUUCCUGUCGUUAUUGACAUGGCCCAUUGUUGAUGCCUCAGACCAUGGCAGAACAACAGAUGGUGUGAACGUUUAAUGUCUUAUUGCAGUGCUGUGACUGGGGAUCUGUGCACUGGGCCCUUAAGUUGAUGCUAGUAUAUUUGUGAAUUCUGGAACUGUGACUUCACAAGUAUUCUACUAAAACAACUGGCCUGUCUUUCAGUGCGCAUUAUUUCUCUUACUUGCAGGUUGUGGCAAUGCAACUUUUUUAGAUGUGGUCAUGUGGUCAUCACUGUUGUCCUUCGAGCCUAACAUAUGUUAUCUUUUCUGGCAUUUUGUUACUGGCAAUGACACAGUUUGCACUGGAGCUGUGUUUCAUAUCCAUCCACCUAUUAUAAGAAUUGUUUUAUAUUCAUGCUUUCAAGAUGAACGGUUACCUUGAGGUUACCGUAAUCGUACAUAUUUAUGUUUUAGUGAAAAUUAUAAUAAAAUGUUUCUUCUCUUGGCUUAA